CGAAAUGACAUACUUUAUUGUUGGUUGGGUAUAGUGAAGUGCUUCCACUAGUGGAACGGCAAAGGGGAGAAGAGAAAAAAAAAUAAAAUCGAAAUUAAAUCAAGACAUGCACUCACUGCUUCUGAUUUUUAUUCUAAACACCAAAUGAAUUAGUAAUAUUUAAAAAAUGGAUACAAAUGUGGAAAUAGCUUUGGAAGAUCUUCCAAAAAUCUCAAGCGCCACAUCUGCGAGCUGCUGUUUCAUUUUAUCAAUCAUAUACGUAGCUAGUCUCUAUAUUUGGAGAAGCGAACAUGAAAGGAACCAUCCAUCAACGGUGAAAAAACGUUUUUGCAGUGUUUCGAUUGUGAUGCUUAUAGCUCCAAUAUUUGUUUAUACCUUUUCCUCCAAAGAACUGCUGGCACAUCGUUCACUUUUUGAACUACUUGGUCUUCGGUGGCAAGGGCUCUUAGCUGCAAUUGUUAUUCCCUCAUUACUCACAGCACUCCUUUUUUUGGGUCCACUUAGUGUUCAAUUGUAUAAUGGACAUUUAAAAUUAUACUCAUGUUUGCAGUAUUGGAUUCUUUGUUUUAAUAAUGUACUUUGGCUGCGAAAUCAUGUGGUUGCGCCGUUAUCGGAAGAAUUCACAUUUCGUGCCUGCAUGAUGCCUUUGAUAUUACAGUCAUUCACACCCAUCAAAUCUGUGUUCAUAACACCGUUGUUCUUCGGAGUCGCACAUUUUCAUCACAUCUCAGAAAGACUCAGUACGGGUCUUGACCUUAAAACAGCUGUGAUAGUUUCUUGUUUUCAGCUUACGUAUACGACUCUUUUUGGAUUUUAUUCAGCCUAUUUAUUCGCAAAAACUGGACACUUUAUUGCACCUGUUUUAGCGCAUGCAAUUUGCAACCACAUGGGAUUUCCAGACUUUCAGGAAGUCUUUCAACAAAAUACCAAAAAGAAGAUUAUCUUUUGUAGCAUUUAUGUUUUUGGUCUUAUUAGUUGGAUAGUGUUGUUACCUGUUGUCACAAAUCCAAGCUGGUAUGGAAAUACUAUAUUUUGGAGAGCUAUUUAAAUCUCAAAACAACACCGACUGUCUUCCAUAGAAAAUAAGCGAAAACGAAAAUAUUUUAUAUAUAACUCAUUCUAACAUCUACCUAUAGUAAAUAUUUUUUUAUACUUUAAACAAAUAAAUCGUGCUGUUCUGUUUUUGU